UACUAAAACUUUAUGGUAUGUGAUUUGAUUGGCAUAUCUUAAUGGAAAUUUAUUAUUAAUCAAAAAGUGAAAAUAAGAUACUAAAAAACUUUUAUUUCAUAAUUUUAAUUCGUAAGUUAUAUAUUAUUUUCAUUUAUUUUAAUCUUGAUUAAACAAGUUUAUGAGCAUAUAUUAAUCGAUUUCAUCAAUGGGAUCAGAAGAUCGAGACCGCCGACGAUACAGAUCGCGUUCUAAAGAGAGGUCAUCAAGAAAUGGCGAAAGUAGGUCUGCGAGAAAUGGAAACAAUGGUAGCAGUCGGAGCAACCGUGAUGAACGUAAGAGGGACCGCGAUAGAGACGGGGAUAGACGACGCGAUGAAAAGAGAAGGAGGCGUACAAGAUCGAGGUCUUUAUCUAGGGAUUAUGAACGAGAAAGAGAACGCGACAGAGCUGACAGAAGGCAAAUAGAAAGAGAACAGCGCGAUUAUAGAGAUAGAGAACGUGAAAAAGAAUGGGAGAAAGAAAGAGAAAGGGAUCGUGAGCGAGAGAGAGAGCGUGAACGUGAACGUGAAAGAGAACGCGAACGUGAACGGGAUCGAGAUCGAGAUCGUGAUUCGGGAUCAAGACGUGUAGCUUCUCCUCCGGUUAUUAUUAAGGAGUCUAGCAGUUCUUCUUCUGAGGAGGAAAUCGAUAAAGAGGAAGAACAACGCCGUUUAGAAUUAGAAAUGAUCAAAAGAAGAGAACGAAUCGAACGUUGGAGAGCAGAAAGAAAGCUUAAAGAAUUAGAAUCCAAUAAAAAAGAUUUAAAAAGUUUGAUUCCACCUUCGGCUGCCACAGCUAAAAAAUGGAGUUUGGAAGAUGAAUCUGAAGAGGAAGAUAAUGCUACAAAUGAUAUCAGAAAAGAGGCCGAAUCACCUCCCCCAUCUAAAUUUUUGAGCAUCAAAGAAAUAAAAGAAGAGGAUGAAGAAGAGAAAUAUAAAAAAGAUAAACCAAAGCCAAAGGAAAUCGCAAUAAUUGUUGAAGAAAAAAUUGAAACGAAAGAAGAGGAUGAUGAUAUUGAUCCCUUAGAUGCAUAUAUGCAGGAGGUUGAUAAAGAAGUGCGUAAGGUAAAUAAUUUUAUAAGUCAACCUAAGAAGCAACAAGGAGUAGUUAUCUUAACUGGUGUUGCUAAAAAAACGACGAAAACUAUCAAUAAAGGUGAAUUAAUAGAACAGAAUAUGGAUAGCUUGGAGUAUUCUAGCGAAGAAGAGUUAGAAGACAUUAAAGAUACGGCUGCGAACUUAGCAAAUAAGCACAAAAAAGAAUUAGCUAAAAUUGAUCACUCUGGUGUUGAUUACUCAUCUUUUCGAAAAAAUUUUUAUGUCGAGGUACCAGAGUUGGUACGUAUGUCGCAACAAGAGGUAGAAAAAUAUCGUGCUGAUCUAGAAGGUAUACAAGUAAAAGGAAAAGGCUGCCCGAAGCCAAUUAAGACAUGGGCACAAUGCGGUGUAAGUAAAAAAGAAAUGGACAUUUUGCGAAAACUUGGAUUUGAGAAACCUACUCCAAUACAGUGUCAAGCAAUUCCAGCUAUUAUGUCUGGACGGGAUUUAAUAGGUAUUGCUAAAACUGGCAGUGGUAAAACGCUCGCAUUUAUUUUACCAAUGUUUAGGCAUAUAUUGGACCAACCGCGCUUGGAAGAUGGUGAUGGACCAAUCGCAAUUAUUAUGGCGCCAACCCGAGAAUUGUGCAUGCAAAUUGGCAAAGAUAUACGACGGUUUUCGAAAAGUUUAACACUGAGGCCAGUGUGCGUAUAUGGCGGCACGGGAAUAUCUGAACAAAUAGCUGAGUUAAAACGUGGUGCUGAAAUUAUAGUGUGUACUCCAGGUCGUAUGAUAGAUAUGUUGGCUGCUAAUUCAGGUCGUGUUACAAAUUUGCGGCGUGUUACAUACGUUGUUUUAGAUGAAGCAGAUCGUAUGUUCGAUAUGGGUUUUGAACCGCAAGUUAUGCGUAUAAUAGAUAAUGUGAGGCCCGAUAGACAAACUGUCAUGUUUAGUGCUACAUUUCCACGUCAAAUGGAAGCCUUAGCUCGACGCAUUUUAAAAAGACCAAUAGAAGUUAUUGUGGGCGGUCGUUCUGUUGUCUGCAAAGAUGUUGAGCAGCAUGUAGCCAUUCUUGAAGAUGAUGCUAAAUUCUUUAAAUUGUUGGAACUGCUAGGACAUUAUCAGGAAGAGGGCAGUAUAAUAGUCUUUGUUGAUAAACAAGAAAACGCAGAUAUAUUACUUAAAGAUCUAAUGAAAGCAUCAUAUCCCUGUAUGAGUUUACAUGGUGGUAUCGACCAGUUUGAUAGAGAUUCGACGAUUAUAGACUUUAAAUCGGGAAGAGUGCGUUUACUGAUAGCUACAUCGGUAGCUGCACGAGGGUUAGAUGUUAAAGACCUCAUAUUAGUGGUUAAUUAUGAUGUACCAAAUCAUUAUGAGGAUUACGUUCAUAGAUGUGGUCGGACUGGACGUGCUGGAAAUAAAGGUGUGGCAUGGACUUUCUUAACGAAUGAACAAGCCCGAUAUGCAGGUGAUAUAAUCCGCGCUCUAGAACUUUCAGAAACAGAAGUACCAGAAGAUUUGCAAAAAUUAUGGACAGAAUAUAAAGAAGCACAAGAAGCAGAAGGCAAGAAAGUUCAUACUGGCGGUGGCUUUAGUGGAAAAGGUUUUAAAUUCGAUGAACAAGAAGCAAAUGCGGCUAAAGAAAGCAAAAAGCUACAAAAAGCUGCUUUAGGUUUAGCUGAUUCUGAUGAUGAAGAAGAUAUUGAACAAGAUAUAGAUCAACAAAUAGAACAAUUAUUUGCAGCAAAGAGAACUGUAAAAGAUACUUCUAUACCGGUUGUAACAUUAGCUUCUACAACAGCAAACACUACAGCUACUGCCGCACCUAUAGUAACAAUGGCUGGCGGUUCAGACAAACUUGAACUUGCAAAACGUCUUGCUUCGAAAAUAAGUACAACUAAAAAUCUUGCACCGGAAACAAUACUAAAAGGCACUACUACAGCUCCGCCAAUAUUAACGGCACGAACUGUAGUUGAACAGUUAGCUGCUAAAUUAAAUAAUAAGUUAAACUAUCAACCUAAGGAUGAUGAGGAAGGUAUUGCAGGAUUAAUGCCGAAUCAAGCCAACUCAUUUACAAAAUAUGAAGAAGAAUUAGAAAUAAACGACUUUCCUCAGCAAGCACGCUGGAAAGUUACAUCUAAAGAAGCUUUGGCACAAAUUUCUGAAUAUUCUGAAGCAGGUUUAACAGUACGUGGUACUUAUGUGCCUACUGGUAAGAAUCCGCCAGAAGGAGAACGUAAACUAUAUCUAGCAAUUGAAAGUUGCAGUGAAUUGGCGGUGCAAAAAGCAAAACGUGAGAUCACACGACUAAUAAAAGAAGAAUUGCUAAAACUUAGUUCUGCACAUCACGUCUUUAACAAAAACAGAUAUAAGGUUCUCUAGUAGUAAACCUUACAAUUAUAUGAGGAAAUGUCGGAUUUAUCUCAUUUCACUUUGUAAGAUUAUUUAAGUUUUGCAUGUGCUUUUUCUACAUUAAAUUAUA